CCGCCAUCGAACAAAGAAUAUCGACUACAGUUCCCACACCAGACAAGCCAAGUUGCAAUGUAGGUGGGUAACUCAACCGGCUACACAGAAUUGCAGCAAGAAAUCACCCCAACCACCCACUCGAUCAACACCAACGAAGAAUGGCCCCUCGCAAACGCCGCGCGGUCCCCGAGGCGGAACCCUCCAGUGAAGAUGAAUCGCCCGCGUUUGCUACCCAACCACCUCCUCGACAGCGGAUCCGUACCCGGGAAUCCUCAGCCAGUGACGAUGACGACGCAGACGCAUACGAUACCCGUGCUCCCAGUAGCACCGAUGUGAUGGUCAAGAAGAUGGUGCGGUUGACGCUGGCGAGUGAAUUCUCGCGCCAACCUAUCCGAAGAACAGAUAUCAGCGCCAAGGUGCUGGGAGAGCAAGGGUCACGGCAGUUCAAGGUUGUGUUUGAGGAGGCGCAGAGGAUUCUGCAGGAGAAGUUUGGGAUGGAGCUGACGGAGUUACCGGUCAAGGAGAAAGUGACGAUUAAUCAGCGAAGAGCUGCGCAAAAGGUCGAAAAGCCGUCGUCUACGAACAAAUCUUGGAUCGUCUCGAGUACGUUGCCGUUGAAGUAUCGGAGGCCGGAGAUACUGCCGCCGAAUAAAGCCGCGCUGGAAAGUAACUACACGGGGUUGUAUAGCUUUAUCAUUGCGGUGAUUUUGCUCAAUGGGGGCACGAUCAAUGAGCAGAAGCUUGAUCGGUAUCUGAAGCGUACGAAUACCGACGCGUAUACGCCGAUUGAUCGCACGGAUCGGUUUCUGCAGCGUCUCUGUAAGGAAGGAUAUUUGGUGCGGAAUAGGGAGGUGGAUGGUGGGGAGGAAGUCAUCGAGUAUAUGCUUGGGCCGAGGGGAAAGGUUGAAGUGGGUGCGAAUGGGGUGGCCAGAAUGGUUCGCGAGGUCUAUGGCCGCUCUGAUCCAGAUGAAAGGGACGAUGAAUUUGAGAUCCGCCUGGCGCGGAGUUUGGGACUUAAGCAGCCGGAACCGCGCGCUCAAGAGCAGCCUGAAGAUGGUGAGAAUCAAGAGGAAGACAGACAGAGGGAGAGACGGCGGCAGCCUAAACGACGUAGCAAUAGGCACGAGCCGGAGUCUGAGGAAAGCGAUGACUGAUCCUGUCUUGUUUAUGUGCUAGUUGUUUAUGCUAUUGCAACUGCGCUAAAUGUCUGAAUGAUACCCGUGAUGAAUUCAUAUCUUGUCGAAGCGU